GAGCAACCAUUAUUUUCAACCAAGGCCCACGUUUUUCAAAUUGAUCCUGAUACUAAGAAGAAUUGGAUACCAGCCAGUAAACUAGCUAUUAAUGUUUCUUAUUAUUAUGAUAAUGGUCGCAACUCUUACAGAAUUGUUGGUGUUGAUGGUUCAAAGGCAUUGGUUAACAGUGUUAUUACCCCCAAUAUGACAUUUACUAAAACCUCUCAGAAAUUUGGUCAGUGGUUAGACCCAAGAUCUAGUAUAGUAUAUGGUUUAGGAUUUCCUACUGAACAGGACUUAACCAAGUUUAUAGAGAAAUUUAAAGAAAUUAAAGAAUUAACUCGACAAUCCUCAGCUCAACCUAUACAGGAAAUUAACGGUAGUGAAAAUCAUUUAGAUACAUCACAUCAUAAUACAGCACAACAUUCUCGUAAUAGUAGUAUCUCAUCUGUCCAGGUUAGUAUCAUGAUUAUGAUUAAUCAAACAGAAGUACAACUCAAAUAUGAAAACGACAGGUUAAAAUUGGCACUUGCUCAAAGUUCAGGAAAUGCUAAGAAAUGGGAAGUUGAAUUACAAACAUUAAAAAAUAACAAUGCAAGAUUAACAGCAGCAUUACAAGAAAGUACAUCUAAUGUUGAUGAAUGGAAGAAACAAUUAGCCAGUUAUAAAGAAGAUUGUACACGUUUAAAAGCAAAGGUAAGAUAUUGA